AGCAGAUGAGUCCGGCCAUUGGCUUCCCCUCUCACUGGCCCUCCCCUCACCCGACACAAUGGGACUGAUUGUCCAUGCGACACACACUUCGCACACUCACACACACACACCCACACACACACACACAGAGGGGGCUUUACUCCGGGGCUGAGUGUCGCUCCCCCGCCAUACGCCCCAUCUCCGCUGGAAUGUGAUUAUCUUCACUCACCAUCGAGAGGAAUGAGGAAAGGAUAAAACAGAAGAGAGCAGCAUCAGAGAAAGGGAAAGGGCGAGUCAGUCUGUCACUGAGUGUGCAAGAGUGUGUGUGUGCGUGUGUAUGUGUGUGUGUGAAGGAGAGAGAGAGGGAAGGAAGAGGAUGCAACCAAUGCAGCGAGGCAGCAGUUUAACACAAGCCUGAACCUGCCAGUGCAAGCGACAGAGCGCAGAGAGAGAGGGAGGGAGAGGUCUUUUCACCAGAGUCUAGCGGUGGAUUUUAAUUUCUUCUCUGGACUCCACCUCGCUGCUCUCACAGGAGACACAACCUCCACUCAGAAAAGAAAGGCAAAGCUGGAUGUUUGCAGUCCAAGAGUGCUGAUGAGGAGGCCUGUGUGGCGGUGAAGAUCGAACACUCCAGAGCUCUCGGCAGCAGCCCAGCGUGCGAGCACAGCGCCCCGCCCAGCGUGCAGGCGUGUCUGAGCCGUGCAGGCGGAGGGAGGACUGACAAGACAAGUAGAGGGGUCAAUGGAAGAGUUUCUGCCAGCAGGCCGGGCUUGCAGUCUAAACCACAAGUGCCUCCAAAGCCACCACAUCUUCAGAGCCCGGUGACGGAGAUUACCCCCUCGUGGGUCCGAGUCCAGAAACAACUGUUCAGACCGGGCAUGGAGGAGGGAGUAGGAGUAGGAGGAGGGAGAGGGGCUGUAACCAGGGAGAGAGUCAGGGAGAAAAACUCCAAAGUCUCAAACCUCAUCAGCCGCUUCGAGGAGAGCAGCAACACAGAGAGCAAGAGAGACGGCUCGCCGGUCAAACAGAUCAGCAGGUCGUCCAACGGCAGCCCAGCUCACCGCACCCAGCAGAGGCCGACGGACUCCAGCGGGACUCAGGCGAACCAGUCCUUUGCUCUGGACGUGCAGCAGGAUGCUCACAAACAGACGGCUAAUGGAGUGGUAGUGCAGAUGGAGCAGGAGAAGGAGAAGGAGAAGGAGAAGGAGAAGGAGGAGAGGAACAAUGACAGUGUGAGGAUAGAGACUGCAGGGAUGGUAAACGGAGACAUGGUGGAUAGAAGCACAGAGCAGAGUGAUGAACACUCAGCUGCUCACAUGGACAGGACUGGUACAGAGAGCCACUCUGAGAACGAGGACAGUGAAACUAAGACAGAGGAUGAGCACAAGAGUGAAGAAGGAAGCGCAGACCAGAAGGAGACGAAUGAACAGAAGCUGUUUAAGAUCGCCAGCGAGCUCCUGCAGACAGAGAAGGCCUACGUGACCCGACUAAACCUGCUGGACCAGGUAUUCUGUACUAAGCUAAUGGAGGAGGCAAACAAAGGGACUUUCCCUGUGGACGUAGUGAAGAACAUCUUCUCCAACAUCUCCUCCAUCAACGCCUUCCACAGCCAGUUUCUGCUCCCAGGCCUGGAGAAACGCAUGGGAGAGUGGGAGUCCAAACCUCGGAUCGGGGACAUCCUGCAGAAACUCACACCCUUCCUCAAAAUGUACGCAGAGUAUGUGAAGAAUUUCGACAAGGCCAUGGAGCUGCUGAAACAGUGGACUGACCGCUCGCCUCAGUUCAAGGCCAUCAUUCAGGAGAUACAGAGUACAGACGUAUGUGGCAGCCUGACACUUCAGCAUCACAUGUUGGAGCCGGUGCAGAGAGUCCCUCGCUACGAGAUGCUGCUCAAAGACUACCUGAAGAAGCUCCCUCAGGACGAUGCCGACCGACGAGAUGCAGAGAAAUCGUUGGAAAUUAUCGCCACAGCAGCUACUCACUCCAACAGCGCCAUCAGAAAAUCUGAUAAUCUGAAGAAGCUGAUGGAGAUCUAUGAGAUGCUGGGUGAGGAGGAGGACAUUGUACACGCCUCUAACGAGUUCAUUAAGGAAGGCCACAUCUUGAAGCUGGCAGCGAGGAACACCUCGGCCAUGGAGCGGUACCUCUUCUUGUUUAACAACAUGCUGCUGUACUGCGUACCAAAAUUCAGUCUGGGAGGGCCGAAGUACACGGUGAGGACUCGGAUCGGCAUCGACGCCAUGAAGGUCCUAGAAACCACCAACGAGGACUACCCUCAUACCUUCCAGGUGUCAGGGAAGGAGAGGAUGCUGGAGCUACAGGCCAGCUCGGAGCAGGACAAGGCCAGCUGGAUUAAGGCUUUCCAGGAGACCAUCGAGAUCUUCCAGCAAAAGAACGAAUCCUUUAAGAACGCACAGAAAGACGUGGAGGAGGUGUCGAAUGCAGAGCUGGGGAAGCGAGCUCCUCGCUGGAUCCGUGACAAUGAAGUGACCAUGUGCAUGAAGUGUAAAGAGCCUUUCAAUGCUCUGACACGGAGGAGACACCACUGCAGAGCCUGCGGCUACGUGGUGUGCUGGAAAUGUUCAGACAACAAGGUGCCUCUUGAAUAUGAUGGAAACAAAGUGAACAAAGUCUGCAGAGACUGUUUCUCCGUCCUGACAGGAGAAAGUGUAGCAGAAGGCAAGAAGAAGGGCAUCCUGGAGAUCGAGGCAGCUCAGUUCUCAGGCAGCAGCAUCAUGUGUGGCUUCCUGCAGUACUGUGAGAAGAACAAACCUUGGCAGAAGUUUUGGUGUGUCAUCCCAGAGAAGGAGUGCCUGGUGCUGUAUCUGUACGGAGCUCCACAGGACGUGAAGGCCCAGUGUACCAUCCCCCUCCUGGGCUACUCUGUGGACGACAUCGCCCGCCCCGCAGACCCUCCAGCGUGUUUCCGCCUCUCCCAGUCAAAGUCCACUCAUAACUUUGCUGCAGAAACUGAGGAACUGAAGCAGCGCUGGCUGAGGGUGAUCCGGGUGGCCGUGACGGGAGAGGUUCCAGAGUGUCCUCCAACUAACGGCAACAACCCCUCCAUGAUGGACAACAACAACACGCAGGAGGCGAGUACAGACAGCACAUAAGGAGAAGCUGCUCAUUAAAGUCAUGGUGUGCACAGUGUGCUGCACACAAAACACAGAUGUACACUCCUCAUGCUGUCCAAAUCUGAGUCUUUAAGACAGAGUGGACUGGAUAAGCUGCCUUUCCUCAUAAAGCUACAGAAGGACUUUGGGUUCACCGCUCGAUCUGUGCUGGAUUACUAAAGGACAUGUCGGGUACAAUCAACACUAGAGCAGAAGGCCUCAGGAUUGAUUGACUCCCCUCAAACUGGCACUGUAAAGGACAGCUCAAACUCACUCAUCAUGGACUUACAACCUGUGUCAGCUUCUCUUGAGCCAGUGGACCACCACAGACUUACACAGCGCCCUCUACAGGAUGUGAAUCAAAGCAAACUUCAGUCUGCUGGUGCUGUAACUCAACUCUGUGUACCUGUACAGUAUAUGUUAUUUUCUUUUCUUUUCACAAAAGAAUAAUUGUGUUUUUAUGUACAGAAAUCAGUCCCUACUUUGUUUUGAUAACAUAGAAAACGACUAAGUAUGAUAAAGUAUUUACAGUAUUCCCCGUUUCUGUGCGUAAGAAAAUGGAUCCAAACCUGGAGAGUGAUCCUGUGGUUGGAUAACAAUGGUCUCGCCUCUGUCUCUCACGUCUUAAUGCAGAGUCAUCAACAGUCUAAUCAAACUGUGGAAGCAUGAUGGCUGCUCUGACUGCUUUGCAGAUGGUUGCACCUGUCGUAAAAAUGUUUCUUAUAAGGAGCAAUUCUGUUUGAUUGCAAAUCCACAUGAAGGCAAUAUGCAGGGGCGCUGAAGGGAGGGGGUCAGGACAAUAUUAAGGGCCGAUGACUGAAAGGGGUCAUAAUAUGUGUUUGUGCAUUAGUUGAAGUGAGCAGUAAAGUCCAUUGUGGUAUUUUUACAUAAGACCCAAAGGUCCCUAAAAAUCCUCUUUGCUACAUGUUAGCAUUUGAGCGUUCAUUUUGCCAAUGCAUUUUAUAAUUCGAGUACAUUAUCAAGAAAACAAGCUGAGACACAGCUUACACUUUAAAUAAGAUAAUGUGAAUGUUUUUUUAUCCUGUGACAAAAUACCCAACAAAACAAAAGUCUUUCAUCGCAAUAAUGCAGCAAUCCUUAAGAUUCAUAAUGCUGAUAACUCAGGCUUGCUCACUGAUUUCAACACCAUCCAUCAACAACAUAGUUGUGCUUCUUUAUAAAGUUUGGAGUAUUACAGAAGAUUUGUUUAAACUCUAAUCUUCUAAAAUGUUGGAGCCUACCAUUCCCAUGAUGCAACUCAUUAGCAACAAAAAUGAGACGCUUCUCUGCUUCUAAAUGCAGAUUUUGAGUCGUAUAUUUGAAGAAUAACCCGAUGAAGUCACUGUGGCAUCAGUCACAUGUUAGGACAAGGAAAUGCUGCCUCUGUAAAAGAGGAUAUAACAGGAUGAGUGUUUUUAAUCUGACAGUACGUUUUGUUUAACAUCACUCAGUCCCGUGCCUCAGACAGUUCAGGUUUAGUUAAAUAGGCAAUCAUGUGUAUUCUAGUUCUGCAUCACAUCCGAUGAAUGAGAGUCAUUACGUGAGAAGCUCUGAAGGAAUCAUUAAACUCAGAGCAGGAUGGACCUCAGCGUGCGAGCAGAGAUGAGCGCAGAUCAUUGUUGUCUUUGUGUGGCAGGUUUUCUACUUAACGCAGAACAAUCACAGAGUUAGCGAGCAGGUGUGAGAAAUGUAAAUGUGUUUCUAAUGCUGUAAUUAAUUUUAUUAUUUAAAGUAAUUUAUAGAGUAUGAUGAGCAUGAUCUGUUAAAAGUAGCACAAAGAUGUUCCCUCAGUAUCGACUCAGAGAGCAGGAAGUAGAUCUUAUUUUUCCACUAACUUACCAAACACAUCACCCCGCUACGAGAUCUCCCGUGUUCUCAAUGCUGGUGCUCACCUGAGUCUGAUCUCCCCCCCCCCCCCCCCCCCCCCCCCCCCUCAGUAUUCAAAUAAAAUACAAGGGCACAAACUUCUGUGUGUAAGAUCUGAAUGUAAAUCCAGAUUUUUAUGUCCUCUGAGAAUCUGUGCACUUUACAGUCUUAUAAAGUGUACCUUCAAAGAAAAUAAAAUGAAAUUAAUUAUUGUUA